AGAAGCCCCGUUUGGUGCCAUUAAAUUUCAAGAUUUCAAGAGCCGCCCGGGGCAGGGGAAGAGAGUGAAUGCGCGCGCGCGGGGCGGGCGGCGGCAGGGGCAAGGCCGCUCAGCUGCCACGGGGGAACCUUGCGCGUCGGCUCCGUCCCAGCGCCGCGGGGCCGCCGCCGGCUGCGCUCCUAUUCGCGGCCCUGGCCGCCGCACGGGAUUUCUACCUUGGUAAAGGUAUACUGGACAAGAAUUGACUUGAAAGCUGUUUUUAGGAUGUCUCAAGAUGAUGAAAAAGUUACGUUCCGUCGAAUUGAACCUGCCAUUCAGAAAUUUAUUAAAGUGGCAAUUCCAACAGAUUUGGAGAGGAUGAGAAAACACCAAAUAAAUAUCGAGAAGUAUCAAAGAUGCAGGCUCUGGAACAGAUUACACGAAGAGCACGUCAAUGCAGGACGGACAGUUCAGCAACUACGGGCCAAUAUGAGAGAGAUGGAGAAACUUUGUUUGCGAGUCCGGCAGGAAGACAUCCCAAUUCUGCAAAGAAUGAUAAAUCCAGUUAAAGAGGAAGCUUCCUUUGCCAUAAAAGUGUUCCUACAGCUCCAUUCUGAAUCUGCAGAGGAACUUAAAAGGCAACUUGAAGGACAAGAAGAUACCUCUUUAACCAGAUCCGCAACCGUAGGAGGAGGUAAAACUUUAUGUAACGCUGAAGGGAAGGAUGGCUCCCAAAGUUUAAUCCAGAUGUAUUCCCCCCUUCCUGAAAUACCUCGGGAUGAAAAUGCAGCUGAGUCAUGGGAAAAUUUAGAGGAGGACUUGAUUCAGCUUAACCAAUUGGUGACUGAAUUUUCUCUGUUAGUCAGUUCUCAGCAGGAGAAGAUUGACAGGAUUGAAGACCAUGUCAACAAUGCUGCUGUGAAUGUUGAAGAGGGAACCAAAAACUUAGGGAAGGCUGCAAAAUACAAGCUGGCAGCUUUGCCUGUGGCAGGUGCAGUCAUUGGUGGAGUGGUAGGGGGUCCUAUUGGUCUCCUCGCAGGCUUCAAAGUGGCAGGAAUUGCAGCUGCAUUUGGUGGUGGGAUUUUGGGUUUCACAGGUGGAAAAUUGAUACAAAGAAGAAAACAGAAAAUGAUUGAGCAGUUCUCUUCCAGCUGUCCAGAGCUUUCUCACCAAACUGCCAAAAAAUCCAGCUGAGGCAUAGUUUCAUUAUGACUAGGAACAAAAGAAUAGUAGUCAUGAUGAUGACAGACUUGCAAUCUUAUGCUUCAAUACAAGGCUGAGAUGUGUUAAUUUUGACAAUGGUACUGAUGUUCAGGGGUGUGUGAAAUGGUAAUGUCAGAACUUAUGGGGCUUUUUCUUUUUAGAUAUGGUAGGUAACAUCAGUCCUGUAACUUGGAAAACUAUAUGGAUGACUUUUAAUAAUAAAAUUCUUAGGUGAGCCAUAGCCACAGCUGUAAUGAUGGAUGACAGGUGCUUCAUGCCUAAUUUGCACAAACUGUCUUGCAGACAACACUAAGAAAGGCAUUUGGAAAACUAGUGCUUUCCUCAGGAAAGGCGCCCAGAAGUUGGAGCAUUUAUUGUAGGAUUCCAAAGAUAAGAACAAAUUCCCAUCCAUCUUUGUCUGUAGUACCUUAAGAUUUACUUUCAUUUUUCAGUAUUCCCAGCCUUCUCCUGUGUAUAGCCCAGUGUAUGAACAACUAUGCUUGUUCCAUAACUGCACAGGAAAGCAUUUGCUGUCACAGGUAAACAUAGGGUCAGCCUUGGGCAGGGGGGGGGAAAAUGUAGGUAUAUCCAGCACCUGUCUGCAUCAGCCAGCUGAGAUCAGCGUCAGCUUUACCCUUUUUCAGGUGCUACAAUUUUUUGUUUUAAUUGCAAACACCCAUCCUGUUCAAAGUGUAGUUAAGAGUUAAAUAGCCUAAGAAACAAACCCUGCAGUCUUGCUCCUGGAGAAUAGUCAUUUUCCAUGACUGUUCACAGCUCCAAGCCUUGUCCUGAGAACUGCUGUACAGGACUAAGUGCCAAACUCUGGAAUUCUGAGCCAGAAACUGCAGCCUACUUAAGCAGUGUGCACUGCUAGAUGUUGCCCUCACUUCUUACAUCCUUACUUUGCUGUUUAAGAAUGCAUUUACUUCUGCAACUUCCCUCUUUGGAUAGAGGAGUGCUAACAUGUUCUCAUUUUCACAUAAUCUUACUAUGCAUCAUGAAGAAGUCCUACCUCCAUCCUUCCAGGACAGUUCCUGUACUAUUGUUGCUACUAUUUGGGAAAAGGGAAAUACAGGUUGGAAAACUGCUUUUUGAAGUUUUUAAAUCGUCAAUUCUUCUGAGCCUUGCAAGAUAAUAUUUGAGUACAGUUGUAUUUGGGUGAACCAUCAGCCAGUGUUCAGUGAUAGGACUCCCUAGCAGGCAUAAGACUCUGGAGCAGGGAACGCUGUAAGGAAGAAUACUGUUAAAAUAGGAGAUCUUUUCAACACUUUGAUAUCAUCAUUGGAAAUAACUGUCUGCUAAUGGCAGAUGAUAGGUUUUUGUGCCUGAAUACAUUGCAAACAGCUGCUUAUUACAGCAUAAGCAUCUUUCUGAACAGUUCUUGCUUGGUAUUUUUAAAAUAAAAAUAUGAUCAAAAUUGCUAUCAGUCAGAACAUCUUGUCUGUAUAAUGUAGGGCUGAGGCUCAGAGAAGCAAUGUAGGCAAGAAUAGUUUUCACAAGUAAUCACUAACUGUGAUUGUCAGAACUGCAUGUGUUAAAGCCACAGUGCCUAUAUCUGUGAAAUCAGCUGGAGUGGAAAACAUGACUUGAGUUAUUCAGCUCAUUUGCUCAUGUCAUGCAAAAAACACUUUCUUUAAAUGCAUCUACUCUGGAUGUAAACACAUUUAAUGAGCUUGUAACAACUUCAUACUAAGGUUGUUCAUUCCUUUGUUUAAUAAUUUCUAAAUUUAAAGGAAGAAACUCUGAAAAAAAGUGUUCUUUGUAAACUGUGAUUGAUUCUUUGCCCGAGUUUAAAAGGUUAUGUCUGUUUUCCUACUGUAUGCUUCUAACCUUUGUGCAUUUGAAUGACAGCAGCCACAUCAGAGACAUUACAGACUCCAUCCUCUCCCCCAAGCUGGACUAAAGCCAGGACACUGUGCUCAUAGAAUGGAAUUAUUGUCACAAAUUAGACAAAGUCAGCUUAGUAUGUGCUCAUUUUAUGAAAUGUCUAGCACAAGAACUGUUCUUACUCCUUACAUCUUUAAGGAAGCAAUUUCAAAACAUUGUGUACACACUAAAUUUGGGAUGCUUUUAUUUAAACUGUGUUUUUAAAAUAGAUGGGUUAUUUACAUAUGUGAGGAAACAUGGGCAAUUGAAUAACUAAACUACCAUUUAAAUUGCUAGGGGUGUUAGUCAAAAGAUAUACAAGAUGCACAGAAUUCUUUCAGACCAAAUAAAAGCUUUUGCCUAUCA